GUCUUGAUCUACAGCUUAUAUCUGGAUUUCUAAUUCUCCAGCAGCAAAAAAAAGAGAGAGAGAGAGAGAGAGAGAGAGAGAGAAAAGUGCUGAGUCAGCAGUCCGCCGCGGGGUUUUUUUUUGUGGCAGUUGGAAAUCUUCGAAGAAAUCCCAACUUCAUCAACUACUUUGCCCACGUCCAUCGACCAUCGCUAUUCAGUCAUGGUGCUGGCAAAAUCUAAAAAUGCCGUGGGGCUGGGCAACAGCCUCAUGAACGAUCGGUUCGGCAAGGGAAAGGCCUCGAAUAUGAAGAAAGCCUCCCAUAAUGCCGCCAUCACACGCAAGGGCAUGGAUGGAGAUACUUACAUCACCAACUCCCACAAGGAGGCUGCGUGGGUCAAGAUGCGCAGUAUCACAGAGCAGGCCGCCUUGGAUGAGUUCCUUAACACCGCUGAGCUUGCCGGAACCGACUUCACGGCCGAAAAGAUGAACAACGUGAAGAUCAUCCACGCCGACCAGAAGAACCCUUACCUACUCUCGGCUGCUGAGGAGCAGAGUGCGAUCCGGAAACACAAGAAGAACAAGGGCAGGCUCACCGUGCCCCGCCGUCCGCAGUGGGAUAAAUCGACGACCCGCAAUGAGCUCGACUCUAUGGAGCGAGACGCUUUCAUGGACUGGCGCCGUGGUCUCGCCGAGCUUCAGGAGAACAAUGACCUGCUGAUGACGCCGUUCGAGCGUAAUAUCGAGGUUUGGCGCCAGCUGUGGCGUGUGAUUGAGCGAUCCGAUAUCAUUGUGCAGAUUGUCGACGCCCGUAACCCGCUGCUCUUCCGCUCCGAGGAUCUCGAAACCUACGUGACGGAAAUUGACCCGAAGAAGCGAAACCUGCUGCUGGUGAACAAGGCGGAUAUGUUGACUGAAACGCAGCGAGAGAUGUGGGCAGACUACUUCGACCGGAGUGGAAUCAGCUUCCGGUUUUUCUCCGCCCAUCUAGCGAAGGAGCGCAAUGAGGCCCGUCUCAACGAGGAGGGGUCGGAGUUCGAAUCGGAGUCUGAGAGUGAGACUGAAACGCUAGCAAAGACGACAGAAUCUGUGAACCUCGAGGGCUCUAGCGAGGAGGGACAGGCGGACGCAGAUGACGGCGGGGUAGAGCUUUCCAGCGAGGCCCCAGUCUCCAAACGUACGGAUAUCCUCGAUGUGGACGAGCUGGAGGAACUCUUCCUUUCCAACGCUCCAGACGCUCCCGAGGAGGAGGAAGAAGUCGAGGAAGACGGCACCCCUAAGCAGCGAAAGACGGUCAUCGGUCUCGUCGGAUACCCCAACGUCGGCAAGUCCAGCACCAUCAACGCUCUCCUUGGAGCCAAGAAAGUGUCCGUCUCCUCGACACCCGGAAAGACCAAGCACUUCCAAACGCUCUACCUCUCGCCCGAGAUCAUGCUCUGCGAUUGUCCCGGUCUUGUGUUCCCCAACUUCGCCACAACCAAGGCCGAGCUUGUCGUGAGCGGCGUCCUCCCCAUCGACCAGCAACGCGAAUUCACGGGACCGGCUGGCCUCGUCGCCCAGCGCAUCCCCAAGCACUUCCUGGAGGACUUGUACGGUGUGACGAUCAAGACCCGCCCCAUCGAAGAAGGCGGCACCGGUAUCCCAACUGCCCACGACGUCCUCCGGGCCUACGCUCGUGCGCGCGGCUUCGCAACGCAGGGCCAGGGUCAACCGGACGAAUCGCGCGCGGCCCGCUACGUGCUCAAGGACUACGUCAACGGGAAGCUCCUCUUCUGCCACCCACCCCCGGCGGCAGAAGGCGAAGAGCCCAUCGACCUGGACGAAUUCAACAAAGAGCUCUACGACUGGGACCACCUCCCGGCGCGUCGACAGGCGAUGCUCGCGGCGCACCAGCAAUCGUCCUCCGCCUCCGCCUCCGCGAAGGCGCCACUCCAGGGAUCCAAAUCGCAGACACUGGACCAGGGAUUCUUCGGGCGACCGGGAGCGCAGACGUCGUCGGGCGGACGACUGGUCAUGCCAUUCAACGCCAAGUAUACGGAGCAGGGCCAGGAGAUCCGCAAGCCACUGACGGGACGCAAGGAGCGAAUGAUGGUGGCGCUGGAGCGGGGGGUUGACGUUUCCGAGGUACGAGGGAACUCGAAGAAGCAUUUCAAGACCAAACAUAAGAAUCAGAAGAAGGGGAAGAAGGCAGCCGCGGAUGAUGACUAUUAG